ACGACCGGAGGAGCUGUCUGGAGCCUCUGGACCACAGAUCUGGAGCUGGUUCACUUUGACUCCAGUGACAGAGAGGACAGCUGCUGUGCUGCUGGAGAUGACUGUCACUGCAGGAACAGCAAAAAUCCACUUUGGGAAACUUUCUCUGUCCUGAGAGCUUGAGAGUUAGUGGGGAAGUUUCUAAGAGGCACAAACACUGGAGGAUUUCCACCUCGUUUAGGAGUUAGGCCCUCAAAGAGGAUCAGUUGGUAAAAAGCAAUAUUAUAACCAAGCUCCAGGAUGAAGACUCAUCUCCUCUACUUGGAGUUACUCCUACUAGCAGUUCACACCCUUGUGGCCAGUGGGCAGCUGGAGCCCAAGGAACAACAGCCACGGGAACCUCUUGCAGUUACCCAGAGGCUGGGGCUCGUAGAGAGAGACGUGCAGGGUCCGGUGAGGCCCAACAUCACCAUGCCCCGCCGCCGGCUGCCCCCCAUGUGCACCGGACCCACGGAAAUCCGAGACACCUUCAAGUACAUCAAUACAGUGGUGUCCUGCCUGGUGUUUGUUGUGGGUAUUAUCGGUAAUUCCACUCUGCUGAGAAUCAUCUAUAAGAAUAAGUGCAUGCGUAACGGGCCCAACAUCCUGAUCGCCAGCCUUGCACUCGGAGACCUGCUACACAUCAUCAUCGGCAUUCCCAUUAAUGUUUACAAGCUCCUGGCCGAGGACUGGCCUUUCGGGGUGACCCUGUGCAAGAUGGUGCCAUUUGUCCAAAAAGCCUCAGUGGGGAUCACAGUGCUGAGUCUGUGCGCUUUGAGUAUUGACAGGUAUCGUGCCGUGGCCUCGUGGAGCCGUAUCAAAGGGAUUGGAGUUCCGAAGUGGAUGGCUAUUGAGAUUGCGCUGAUCUGGAUAUUGUCCAUCAUCCUGGCUGUGCCAGAGGCAAUUGCCUUCGACAUGAUCACCAUGGACUACAAAGGAGAACACUUGAGGAUCUGUUUGCUGCACCCCAUGCAGAAAAGCAGCUUUAUGAGGUUUUAUAAAUCAGCAAAGGACUGGUGGCUGUUCGGUGUAUAUUUCUGCCUGCCGUUGGCCUGCACUGCUAUUUUCUACACCCUGAUGACCUGUGAGAUGCUGAGGAAGAAGAACGGUGUCCAGAUCGCUCUCAGUGACCACCUCAAACAGCGGAGGGAGGUGGCCAAGACAGUGUUCUGUCUGGUUCUGGUCUUCGCUCUGUGCUGGCUGCCUCUCCACCUCAGCCGUAUCCUGAAGCUCACCAUCUACGAUGAGAGAGAUCCAAACCGCUGCGAACUGCUCAGUUUCUUUUUGGUGCUGGACUACAUUGGCAUCAACAUGGCAUCCGUCAACUCCUGCAUAAACCCGAUCGCCCUCUACAUGGUCAGCAAGCGCUUCAAGAGCUGCUUCAGGUCCUGCCUGUGCUGCUGGUGCCUACCGGCGGAGAUGCUGAUGGAUGAGAAGCAGUUGUGCAUGAAGCUGAAAGUCACCGAACGAGCCUCCGACCAGACCAACUCCCGCAUGACCAACAAGUCCACCACAGCCUGAAGAGGGGCCUGGAAGCGAGAAAGGAGGAUUUAUGAGGAGAAAAAAAUCCCUUAAUAUUGAAGCAGGGGUGACUGAAUGAGGAUAAGCGGCCAUUCUCCCCUCAUCCACAACAUCACACGAAGUCUCCCGAACUUUUAACACACGUUCUUUUGGAAAUCGGCCCUCACUGAGGCGAAACUCCUUCUAACCUAAAUCUCUGAACACAUGCGGUAAUGGACCUGUCCAAGAAGAAACACACAACAAAGCACUUCAAAAGCUCUAUUCUUGGUCAACGGGUGUGAGAUUUGUGAGGCAUGCAAAGCGGUGUGACUACCACCGAAUGUCGAGGACUGAGCAGGGGGGCAAAGUUCAGCACCAGUGUAAUGUAAAAAUUGGGGGUCAAGAGUGAAUUAGCAAAGACAGCUCGUCGGGCCUGCAGCCUGGAUAGUGAAUGUUACUUUGACGGUAUGAAUCUUGCAAUAUGUUCUGUAUUUUAUGGACUACAUUGGAGUGUGACGCUGUGUUUCGUGUUGCUACCACACUCUGCAGCAGCUUGGAAGAGUUUAGACAGCCAAUCUAAUGCUCUUGUUUGAGAUUUGUUUAUUUUGUUAUGCAUUUCCUUUGAUAUGUACGUAUGUAUUGAGCAUUUUGCAUAUUUUAUCACUUGUUACAUUAGUCCAUCUUAAUGUACUGUCUGUGUGUCAUUUUCCCUCUAGUUAUUGAACUACUGAUGUUGUGUGAUAUCAGCUGUUUGACCACUCAGCUAUUGUAUUAUACUGUUCAAUUUUGGGCCUGUUCUUGAGGCUUUACGCGUUUUGUGACUGUACUUACUCAGUAUUAUCUUAAUCUAACUCCCUUCCUUAGCUGGUAUGAUAAGCUGUAGGGGUUUCAUUUUGCAAUAAA